AAGGAAUGCAAGAAAUCAAAUCAUCGAAAAUAGAGAAUAUUAUAAUCGAUUGUUCGUACAAAAUUCUUGACAAGGUCCUCACACAGGCCCAACAAGUUGGCAUUUUAUCUGACAAGCAUAAAGUGAUUGUAACUUCUCUGGAUCUGCAAACCCUGGAUUUAAAUCCAUAUCAGUAUUCUGGAGUCAAUUUAACUGGUGUGCGUCUAAUUGAUCCUGAAGAUCCAAUAGCACUACAAAUUUUAAAGAAGCAUGAUAAAGAAUGGGGUCUAGACGAUCUUUCGAAGUUACGAGUUGAACCCGCUCUUAUGUACGAUGCGGUACAAUUGUUUGCAAGAGCGUUUAAACAAUUGAAAGAUGCUACGACGGGCGACGUUAAAAAACUGCAAUGCGAUGAUGAUAGUAGAUGGGAACAUGGAUUGAGCUUGAGCAACUUUAUGCGAUCGAUCGAAACGAGAGGAUUAACGGGUCUUGUUAAGUUCGAUAGGGACGGUUUCCGUAGCAAUAUAGAAUUAGAUAUCGUACGUUUGAGUGAAAAUGGCUUGACAAAAAUUGGAGACUGGAAUAGUACGGCAGGAGCAAGCAUCGAUUGGCUACCAGAAGUCAAACAAUCAGACAUUAAAUUAAAUAUACAAAAUAAAACAUUCAUUGUUUUAAUAUCGCUUACAGCUCCGUAUGGCAUGGAAAAAGAAUCGUGGGACACACUGCACGGCAAUGACCGUUACGAGGGCUUCGGCGUGGAUGUUAUAGAUCAUAUCAGCAAAAUACUUGAAUUCAAUUAUACUUUGCAAGUAGAAACAAAUUAUGGAAAGCUUCUAGAUAACACUACCGGAAAAUGGAAUGGAAUGCUCGGCAAAAUAAUAGCUGAAGAAGCAGAUCUCGCUAUUACGGAUCUUACAAUUACAUCAUUACGAGAAAAAUACGUCGACUUUUCUAUGCCCAUUAUGAAUCUUGGCAUAAGUAUUUUGUACAAAAAACCAAGGGAAGCACCGCCGAGUUUGUUUUCAUUUUUAUCACCGUUUUCAAACGAUGUCUAUAUGUAUUUAAUUGGAGUCUAUACAACAGUAUCAUUGUUAUUUUUCGUAAUUGGCAGACUGUGCCCUGCAGAAUGGAAUAAUCCUUACCCUUGCAUUGAAGAAGCCGAAGUUCUCGAGAAUCAGUUUACUUUUAAAAAUGCAUUUUGGUUUACAAUAGGCAGUAUUAUGCAACAGGGCAGUGAGAUAGCACCUAUAGGCAUUUCUACAAGAAUGAUGGCAAGUUGUUGGUGGUUCUUUUGUCUCAUAAUGGUAUCAAGUUAUACAGCCAAUUUGGCAGCAUUCUUGACAGUCGAAACUGUCACAUCACCUUUUGAUAAUGUUGAGGAAUUAGCCAAAAAGAAAGAUAUAAAAUAUGGCGCAAAAGCCACAGGAUCUACAUUUGAUUUCUUUAAAGGUAUUUCAUUUUAG